AUGCUGGCUCCCAUGGUGCGAGGAGGCCUCCAGAGCCUGGGCCUCUUGAGCCCGGAGUGGCCAGACUGGGCGGUGGACACAUUCGUUUCGCUGAGCCUUUGCUGCGCGGUGCUGGUGGCGGCGCAGUGGCUGUACGACAACAAGCAACGAUCACCACCACCACCACCACCACCAUCACCAUCAGGAGUAGAUGGAAGGGAAUCAGUGGGGGACAAAGCAGGGCAUGACGGUGUCAGCGAGGUUGUGGUGGGGCCGGCGGCUGCCGCGAGAUUCCGACGGUUCCAGUACAAGUACUUGGUGGUGUACCUGACCGUCAUGCUCGCGGACUGGCUUCAGGGGACCAACAUGUACACGCUCUACCAGUCGUACGGAGUGGACGUGGGUACUCUGUUCCUGACCGGCUUCAGCUCUGCGGCGGUCUUCGGAACGUUCCUCGGACUGUUCGUGGACCGCUUUGGCCGCCGCAAUGGGUGCAUCGUCUUCUGCCUGCUGGAGGUGGUGAUAAACACCCUGGAGCAUAUUCCGGACAUGCGGCUGCUGCUUUUGGGGCGAGUCCUGGGGGGCAUUUCGACGUCCCUGCUGUUUUCGGCGUUCGAGAGCUGGAUGGUCAGCCAGCACCGCAAGCAGGGCUUCCCCGAGGAGUGGCUGGCGAGCACCUUCUCGGCGGCGACCGUUGGGAACGGCAUCAUGGCCGUGCUCGCCGGGGUCGUGGCGCAGGUCGCGGCGGACAAGCUCGGAGACAUCGGGCCAUUCCAGGCACGUGGAGCGACGGUGGCCAUCGCCCUGACCCUCCUAGCCCUGAGCCUCUUGAUGCUGUGGGAGGAGAACUACGGGUACGGCGAGGAAGGAAAAGCUCCGGUCGUCGCGAACGGUGACGGGGUCACGACCAACGGUAGCAACGGCCGGAAAGAAGCCCCCACAUCCACCACCGCGGACGCGGUAAACGGCGGCGGCGGCGACGCCUCCGUUGCCGCGGUGGCACCGGCACCGGGCGCCCGGCAGUCUAAUGAAAACGGCGGGGGUAACGGUAACAGCAAUGGUGAUGGACCUUGUUGUAGCGGGGGGGGUGGCGGCAGUGGGGUGGCGCCUGGCUUGCGGAAGUCGGUGGGGAUGGCGUGGGAUUGCAUCGUGUCCGACCACAGGGUUCUGCUGCUGGGGAUGGUGCAGAGCCUGUUCGAGGGGGGCACGUUUACGUUCGUGUUCAUGUGGGUGCCGACCCUGCAGGGAGUUCUCUCGGACGGCGUUCUUCUUCCCACGGGGCUGAUCUUCUCGUCAUUCAUGGUGUGCAUCACCAUCGGGGGGGUGUUAUUCUCCAUCAUGCUCAGAAAGAUGUCGGUCGAGCUGGCCUCGGCAUUCGUGUUCUUCGUAGCGGCGGCGUCGAUGACACUGCCAGCCGUGACCCGGGACUUUCAAACGGUCCUGGGUGCCUUCCUCGUGCUGGAGACGUGCGUCGGAGCGUUCUACUCGUGCUCGGGCCUCAUGCGCAGCAGGUAUCUCCCGGGAGGGCUCCAGUCCUCCGUGAUGAACAUCUUCCGCCUGCCGCUCAACGUGCUCGUCGUGGUAGGCACCAGGGUCACGGAGAUGGCGGAGCCCGAAACGGUGUUCCUGGUGAUAGCCUCCUGGUUCUUGACCAGCGCCGUACUGCAGCUUAGGCUCAGCGCGUGUGCCGCUGGCCCGACCGCUGCCGACGGUGAUGAGGCGAGGAGAAAGGCAAAAAAGUCCGACUAG